AUGAUUGCCACCAGCCAGCCUCUAUCUUUCCUGUUUCGCCCAAUUGUUGAGAUUUUGGAAAGAUCAUCUAAUAAGGUGCAUCUGCUAGUGCACCGUUGUGUGAAGGCAUUUGAUAGUGGAGUUUAUUUCUCCUUCAAUUUUGCCAUGUUGGUGCUCUCAGUCUUUGACGAGGUGGUCGACACGUCCGAGCGGGCAUUGAAUGAUGCGCAAGUGAUUGCUCAUUUUGCUGUGAACAAGAAUAUAAAUUAG